UCCCUCACUUCCACUACAUACCAAUCCCAAACCCUAAUCCGCACAAUCCCUCCCAAAAAUGGCGUCCGCCUUCGCUACCUCCUCCUCCGUCGUCGGCCUCGGAAGCUCCUCCCUCUCCUCUCCUUCCUCCAGAUCUCCCCGUCUCGUCUCCGAGUUCGUCAAGCCUCCCGUGGUCGCGAGGAAUCCGUUCGGCGUGCCGCGUUCAUUCGGCGGAAGGAUCACCUGCUUUCAGAGAGAUUGGCUGAGGAGAGAUCUGAAUGUGAUCGGAUUUGGACUCAUCGGAUGGAUUGCACCGUCGAGUAUCCCGGUGAUCGACGGGAAGAGCUUGACGGGGCUCUUCUUUGAGAGCAUUGGAACAGAGCUUGCGCAUUUCCCGUCUCCACCGGCCCUCACUUCUCAGUUCUGGCUGUGGCUGAUUACGUGGCACUUGGGUCUGUUCAUUACGCUGACAUUUGGACAAAUAGGGUUCAAGGGGAGGACCGAAGACUAUUUUCAAAAGUGAAAAAUGUAAUAAUUGUUAUUAUAGGAAAUGUAAUUUCAGUUUUUAUUCUUCAUGUUUAUUACUUUAUUAAGUUAUCAACUAGUGUUUAGUGUUUGAAUAAUUAUCAUUUUCUUCGCCUUUU